AUGGGGGCCCGUAAGAAGGAGGCUGCCCGCCGGGAACGGCAGGGCACCUCGACCGACGGCAUGGCAAAUGUCAAGGUGAAAGGCGAGAACUUUUACAGAAAUGCCAAAAAGCUACGGACGUUGAACAUGCUGAAAGACGGCAAAGCACAACGAAACGCAGAAGGGAAAAUCACGAAAGCCGCCUCAUACCAAUCACGAGAAAUUCCCAAGGCUCGAGUCGAACCGAAUAGGAAAUGGUUUGGGAAUACUAGAGUCAUAUCACAAGGAGCACUGGAUUCCUUCCGGCAAGCGGUGGCCGAAAGAGCUGCGGACCCGUAUCAGGUGCUUCUGAAGACCAACAAGCUGCCGAUGAGUCUGAUCCGGGACAACGAGAAUACAAAGAACGGUAUUAAACAACAUCAGGCAAAGAUUGCAGUCGAGUCGGCCCCCUUCUCGGACACAUUCGGUCCAAAGUCUCAACGCAAGCGAGUCAAGCUGAGUGCUAGCUCUGUCGCUGACUUGGCCGACGAGUCGGUGAAGAUGCACGACAACUAUCUCGAAAAGCUGGAAGAGAACAAACUGCUAAGUGGCCAGACAGCGGAGCAAAUGGAAGGGCAGGAUGAUGGCGAGCUCACAACUGCAAGGGAGCCCAUCUUCUCAAAGGGCCAGAGCAAGCGUAUUUGGAACGAACUCUUCAAGGUCAUCGACUCCUCCGACGUGGUCAUCCACGUGCUUGACGCUCGAGACCCAGAGGGUACAAGAUGCCGCAGCGUUGAGAAAUACAUCCGCGAGGAAGCGCCACACAAGCAUUUGAUUUUCGUCCUGAACAAAUGCGACUUGGUACCUACCAAGAUCGCGGCUCAAUGGGUGAGAAUGCUCUCGAAGGAAUACCCCACGCUUGCCUUCCACGCCUCGAUGACGAACAGCUUCGGCAAAGGCUCCUUGAUUACGCUCUUGCGGCAGUUUUCCGUGCUACAUUCCAAUCGCAAGCAGAUAUCUGUGGGUUUCAUCGGAUACCCGAAUACUGGAAAAUCGUCCAUUAUCAACACCCUGCGGAAGAAGCGUGUGUGCACUGUGGCGCCCAUUCCCGGCGAAACGAAAGUCUGGCAGUACAUUACGCUGAUGAAGAGGAUCUAUCUCAUUGACUGCCCGGGUGUCGUGCCGCCCAGCCAGGGUGACACCGAAGAAGAUAUCCUGCUGCGUGGCGUGGUACGAGUGGAGAAUGUCGAGCAUCCCGCACAGUACGUGGAGGCAGUUCUGCGGCGCGCACAGACACGCCACGUCGAAAGGACAUACGAGAUCAAGGCAUCUGACUGGAACCAAGACCCCAUGGAGUUCCUCGCCAUUCUCGCGCGGAAAGGUGGCCGUCUGCUCAAAGGCGGUGAGCCAGACGUUGACGGCGUCGCCAAGAUGGUGCUGAAUGACUUCCUUCGUGGGAAGAUUCCUUGGUUUACGCCGCCUCCAAGAAGCGAGGCGACCGGAACCUCCACGGCCGAGGAGUCUACCGAGGUUGUAGAAGGGCGUGAGGGCAGACUCGGCGAGAUGCCUGGAAAGAGAAAAGCAGAUGUCUCUGACCUUGGCCAAGAUGAGGAGCCAGAUCAAGAGUCAGAUGCCUCUGAUUCAGCUGCGAGUGAUGAUGAUGAUGAUGAUGAUGGCGACGAGGGGCCAGGCUCUUCUGACCAGGUCGAUGACUUUGAGCAGUUUGACGACGACGACGACGAUGAUGCUACGAGUAACGAUACGAACCAAGAUGAUGGGGGCACUCGAGUAUGA